AUGACUGCAUGGAAUAUAUUUCGAAUACUGGGAGACUGUUCCCAUCUACUCUCGAAAUGCAUUCUCAUCUUCGCCAUCCAUCGCAAUCGGAGCGCUGAAGGCGUCUCUAUGAUCACUCAAGCCUUCUAUGCCGUCGUCUUCUGUACGAGAUACACGGAUUUCUUCCGUGAGACGUCCAACUGGAACUACUUCUUUAAGCUCUUCUACAUCCUGUCCUCCUUCUAUAUCAUCAUUAUCAUGCGAUGGCUGUUCCCUCGGACCAGGGAGCGCGAGAUCUCCUGGAAGUUAGGCGCCGUGGUUCUAAUGGGAUCACUGUUCAUAUCGCCUUUCGUCAUGUUGAUAUUUGAGAAGCGCUGGGGCUUCUUUACGUGGAUGUACGACUUCUCUCUCAUCCUCGAGUCCAUCUGCGUCCUCCCCCAAUUACUCCUUCUGCGACAGACCAAUGUCCCAACCGUCAUCGACUCCUUCUACCUAUUAACCUUAGGCUCGUACCGUGGCCUAUACAUCCUUAACUGGAUCUGGCGAGAACUCGACGUCAACGACCGUAAGCCAAACGCUGUGUCCGUCAUCUUUGGUAUUAUCCAGACGGCCUUAUACGUCGACUUCUUCUGGGUAUACUACACGCGCCAGCGCGUCAAGCUCCGGGCUGGUGGUAUCGUCGACUCGGACGACAUCCGUCGCGGCUGGCUCCUCGGCCGCAUCUUUGGCAAUAAGCGUUUCCAGGCUGCCGAGACAGACGACGAAGAGAGCGCCCCUGCCCUUGGCAACAAUGGUGACGGCCAGCAGCGCAGGUCCAAGUGGGGUUCUAGGGGUAUAUCGAUCAGCGCUGAUGAGGGUAUCCGCGAACACGAGCAAGAGCAGCAGAACCAUAGCGAUGACGACUUCAACGACGCAGCUGUGGACCCAGAUGCGAGGAUGAAGGAUCCUGACGAGCUUGCCAGAGUUCUUGAUGACGACGACGACGAUGAUGAUGAUGACGAGGGAUUGCCAGAGCCGACAUCAUCACACUCGGAGCCGAGUAAGAAUAUAAAUGGUGUAAGCAAUGGAAGUGAAUGGAGGGAGCACUAA